AUGUCCUUCGACUUCGGCUCGCCCAAGGAGGCCGAUCCUACCGCCGACUUCCUCGCGCGCGAGCGAGAAGCCGCCGGCGUCCUCUCGGGCGACGCCGACCUGUUUGGCGGUGCCGGUGCAUCCGCCGCCGCUCCGGCCGCAGCGACGACGGCCCACGACGACUUUGAGCGUUCCGCCUCGGCCUUUCCUGCCCUCGACGACGACGGCGUCCCGGCGCCCGCCGCCAACACCAGCAACAAUGCAGGAGGAGGCGGCGGUGGCUUUGGAUUCGACGACGACGAUGAUGAGCCCAUCCAGUCUUCCAGCCUUCCCGCCGUCAAUGUCAACGGCGGAGAGCCGGAUGAGAGGCAGCAGUUCGAGUCGAGCUUCCCCGAGCUAAAGGACGAGGUCAACGACGGUUACGACAGCGGCGCUAACGGCUUCAUGGCACCGCCUGCUGCUGCGCCCGUCCGAUCCUCGAGCCAACAAGCCUCCUACACGCCCGCCGCGUACGACGAAGACGACGAGGAGCCCGAGCCUGUCCGGCUGUGGAGGGAGAAGCAGCAGGACGACAUCGCGCGCCGGGACGCCGAGGCGGAGCGCAAGAAGGGCGAGGCCAUCUCCAAGGCCGAGCGCGACAUUGACAACUUCUACGCCGAAUACAACAGCAAGAAGGAGAAGAACAUUGCCAAGAACAAGGAGGCCGAGGCCAAGUUCCAGGAGGAGCGAAGCCGCGACCUGGCAGAGGGGACCACGUGGGCGCGCGUCAACAAGGUCCUCGACCUGCAAAACAGCCAGUCCAAGACCAUCGCCCGCAUCGCCCCCGGCGCCACGGACCUGUCGAGGAUGAAGGAAAUCUACCUCAGCCUCAGGAGAGAAGGCGAGACCGCACCCGGCGCUUCCGGGUACUAG